UGGUUGUUAGUAGCUUAUACUACCUUUUUAGUCAGUUAGUAGUCAGUAGGAUACUUCCUUACUUAGAUUCAGUAAGUAGUUAUUUGGUUAAAUAUUAAUUGAUCGUAAGUCAGAAAGUUAAAUACUAACUUAUAGUAAGUUAAUAGUAAUAGGUUUUAUACUGCCUUGGUUGUUAAUAGCUUCUAAGCUACCUUUAAGUCAGUUAGUCAUAGUUAAUAUAGUACGUCCUUACAUAUGGUCUGUUUGUUGUAGUAAUAGGUCACAUCCUAACUCAUAUAGUCAGUUGGUAAUAGUUAGCAGGUUACAUCCUAACCUAAAGCCAGUUAUGUCAGCAGGUGCUCGAGUGUGGAAGCCACCAACAGUCAGACAGGGGUCUCUACAACAGCCCAGUACGUCAGAUGCAGUUUCUGUACAGAGUCUCUCAGGGCGGGGCUGGAGUGACCAGGAGGUCUCUGGAGGGCCCACUCCUUCUCAUCCAGAGAUCGACCCCCCCGGAGGAGGAGUAGAGAGGGGCUCUGCAGUCCAGGAGGAGGUCUCAUUGGUUAUCCAUGAACAUAUGAAGGGCUCAAGUGUUUAUUCAAGAGAGACGAACCUGAGAAAUGUUCUCAGAGUUAACUACCAAGAACCGGAAGUACCUAAGGAUGACGACUACUUCUUCUGUGAUGAGUGUAGGACUUUCUUCCUCGAAGAGUGCGAGGUCCACGGUCCUAUCGUCUUCGUGGCUGAUCGCCCCGUUGCUGUCAGAGAGAAAGACCGAGCCAAAAAGACGCUGCCCGCUGGGUUUGAGAUCAGAGAUUCUGGGAUCCCUGGGGCCGGUCUAGGGGUGUUUUACUGUGGAGACGGUGGCCUUCCCAUUGGAACACACUUUGGACCCUACGAAGGACACAGGACAGAUGAAGAGGGAGCCCUGGAGAGUGGAUACUCCUGGGAGAUCUACAAGAGCAGACACAAUGAUUACAUUGAUGCAAAGAGAGAGACACUUUCUAACUGGAUGAGCAACAUUUUCAGCACUGCAAUGCUUGGGAUGACACUGGAGAUGGAAGAAUCUGACCUGCUGAUCUCGAGGGAGCAGAGCUCUUGGUCUGGUAUGGGGACGAAUACGCCAGACAUCUGGGAAUCGGAUUUGAUCGACUGGAACAACGAGAGCUCUACUAAAGGAGGGAGAUCCCAGCUGACACCAGCACAGGCUUUCCCCUGUCCCGAGUGUCCGUACUCCUACACGUCUCAGAUCUUCCUCCACAAACAAAUGAAGAGGAGCCAUGGCGACCUGUACGGCCGACUGCUGAGGAGUGGAGAAAUCAAGGUGGAGCCUAGUCUCCUCCCAUACGUCGCAGCCUCCUAUCAAGAACCGAUCGGAGCCUCCCCGGGAACCGUCCAAAGCACGAGCGAGAUUCCAGCAGAAGGAGCCGGACAACACAGAUGUGAGAAGUGCAGUAAAACCUUUAGUCGCCCUCGUAGUCUGAAGAGACACCAGCGCAUCCACAUGGGAGAGAAACCAUACCACUGUAAACAGUGUGGGAAAACAUUUAGACAAUCUAGUGAUCUGACGGUACACCAGCGCAUCCACACAGGAGAGAAACCAUACCACUGUAAACAGUGUGGGAAAACGCUUAGUCAGUCAGGUGAUCUGAAGAAACACCAGCGCAUCCACACAGGAGAGAAACCAUACCACUGUAAACAGUGUGGGAAAACAUUUAGUCAAUCUGGUCAUCUGGAGAGACACCAGCGCAUCCAUACAGGAGAGAAACCAUACCACUGUAAACAGUGUGGGAAAACAUUUAGUCACUCUGGUGAUCUGAAGAAUCACCAGCGCAUCCACACGGGAGAAAACCAUACCACUGUCAGAAGUGUGGGAAAACAUUUAGUCGAUCUGGUCAUCUCAAGAGACACCAACAACUUCACAGAGGAGUCUCCACCCAAACAACCAUGUGAAGAAACUAAAUGGUUCCCAGACAUCAAAUCAAACAUGGUUCUUGCUGUUAUAUGUUAAAAGGGCACA